AUGAUCCGAACCAGGGUAUCGACAUUGGUGGCUUUGCCAAAGGCAGCCAUGGCCGCCCCAGUCGCGUCUUUCCACACAUCCGCAGUCGCCGAGUACAUGCGAGGCAAAAAGGGGCCUCCCCCGAAGAGUCGAGCGGUUCUGCGACAGGAGGCUCUGACCCGAGUGCGAAAGAAUUUGGCCCGAAAGUUCAACAAGGCUAAGGAGGAGGAGGCUGCAUGGGUUGAUCCCGUUCUCGGCGUGCCCGGCAACGCCUUCCUCGAGCGAGUCAAUGCCAUGGCCAGUCUAGGCACCAACCAGUUGCCCGGCUUCAAACUGGCCGAUACUGAGGCUCUGCUGUUUGGAUCCGAGGUAGCUACUAUGACCGGCGUCAGCGGCUCCAAGGGCGACGUGGCCUCCAAGCUCGCCAAUAAGCGGGAAGCUGUUAACCGAAUCCUGUCUCUUCGGAACGGAAAUUCAGCUGACACUCUCAAGCACAAGGUCCGUCUGGCUCGGGAAGAAUUUGAGCGGUUCCCCGGCGACACUGGCUCGCCCGAGGUCCAGGCCGCCGUCAACACCAUCCGAAUCCACCAUCUGGUCAACCAUCUCAGAGAGAACAAGCAGGACAUCGAGAACACAAUUGUGCUGAACCAACUGGUGCAGGACCGACGAAAAAUGCUCGCCUACCUUAAGCGAAAGAACCCCGAAAAGUACUUCUUCACCAUUGAGAAGCUUGGUCUCACUGAUACCUCCGCCACCGAGGAAUUCCAGCUCAACCGAAACUACUUUGCGCGAGUCAACUUCUUCGGUGAGAACACCCUGCCUGCCCGAGUCACACGAACCGAGAGAGCCGAGCAGCGAAAGAUUGCCAAGCAGCAGAAAUCCAUUGCCAAGCUCCAUGAGGGCAAGCAUCUGGAUCCCAAGGAGGCUAAGCGUCAGGCUCGUCUGGAGGCUCGACAGGAGCGUCUUCAGGCCGCCAAAGAAGAAAGCGCUGAGCUUUAA